AUGAGGGUGAAAAUUGUGAAUAGAUGGAUCGGAGAGUCAUGUGAGCAGCGCCAGAGAGCGAGAGAGGAUGUAGAGGAUGUGCACGGCGCGGAGGGCGCAAAACACUCACGAUGCGAGAGAGCACACGGCAUACGACGAGCGCUGGGGCAGAGAUGCAGAGGCCAGGCCGGCAUAGGCGCAGCCGAGAUGGCGUUCCCUAUUGAGGGACCAGCAGUGGUUACAGAGAUUGAAGAAAGGUUUCGUGGGGGUAGAGAAGAUGGAUCUGAUUUGGGAAGCAUGACUGAGGUCUGCAGGAACGUACUAAUCACUCCCAGACUUUCAGUCUGUGUGGUGUCCAACUUAGUUGGGACUGUAAAUCGUUGUUAA